GUAUUGUGACACUGCAAGCGACGAACUUUGUGUGUUAAUUUUAGUUAAAUUCAUUUUUAGCAUAUAAUUUAGUUAUUUAAUUUAUUACAAUGGCUGAAUUCUUGGAUUCUGAAGCCGCCGAAUCAGAGGAUGAGGAAGAAUUGGAUGUGCAUGAGCGAAAAAAACUUAAGAAACUAAAAGCCGCCGUCUCCGACAGCAGUGAAGAAGAAGAAGACGAUGAGGAGCGUUUGCGCGAAGAGCUUAAGGAUCUGAUUGAUGACAAUCCCAUUGAGGAGGAUGAUGGCAGCGAAAAUGAUUCGGAUACUGGCAGCGGAGGUGACGAAGAUGGAGGCAGCGGUAAGAAGCGUAAAAAGCAUGAGGAUGAUGAUCUGGAUGAUCGCUUGGAGGACGACGAUUACGAUCUGAUUGAGGAGAAUUUGGGCGUUAAGGUUGAGAGACGUAAACGUUUUAAACGCCUGCGACGCAUUCACGACAACGAAAGCGAUGGCGAGGAGCAGCACGUAGACGAAGGACUUGCACGCGAGCAAAUUGCUGAGCAGCUAUUCGAUGAGAAUGAUGAUCAGAGCAUUGAGAGGCGCAGCGAGCGCAGCAUUCGCGAGGCGGAUGCCUUCGAUGACGAGGAGAGCGAAUCGGAUGCUGAUGAUUUUAUUGUGGAUGACAAUGGGCGUCCCAUAGCCGAAAAGAAAAAGAAGCGACGACCCAUAUUUACAGAUGCCUCCCUGCAGGAGGGCCAAGAUAUCUUUGGCGUUGAUUUUGACUACGAUGAUUUUUAUAAGCCCGAAGAGGAUGAGUAUGAGGAGGAAUCGGAGGGCGAUGAAUAUGAUGAGGAUCUGCUUGGAGAUGAUUUCCGUGCGGCCAAAAAGAAGAAAUCACCGAAAAAGAAGGCAAUCAAAAAGACGAUAUUUGAUAUAUAUGAGCCAAGCGAAUUGAAACGUGGCCAUUUCACUGAUUUGGACAAUCAGAUACGAAGAACCGAUAUACCAGAGCGGAUGCAGUUGCGUCAGGUGCCGGUGACGCCGGUGCCGGAGGGAUCCCAUGAGCUGGACGACGAGGCCGAUUGGAUAUAUCGUUUUGCGUUCUGCAAACAGACGGUCUCCGAGCAGGAGAAGGCGGACAAUCGCGAAAAGAUGCGCAAGCCGCCAACGGCUGUGAAUAAAAUCAAACAGACUUUGGAAUUCAUACGUAACCAACAGUUGGAGGUGCCGUUCAUAGCAUUCUAUCGCAAGGAGUAUGUGAAACCAGAGCUGAACAUCGAUGAUCUGUGGAAGGUUUACUACUACGAUGAGCGUUGGUGCCAGCUAAACGAUCGCAAGCGGAAGCUGAAGCAACUGUUCGAGAAGAUGCGACAAUUUCAGCUGGAAACACUUUGUGAUGAUCCAGAUAAGCCGCUGCCGGACGAUGUGCGCCUGAUGCUCGACAGCGAUUUCGAGCGCCUGAACGAUGUGCAGUCCAUGGAGGAGCUGAAGGAUGUGCACAUGUAUUUUCUGCUCAACUACUCACAUGAGUUGCCCAAAAUGCAGGCCGAGCUGCGACGCAAACAGCUGCAGGAGCGACGCGAGGCACGGGCACGCAAACAGGCAUCAGCAGCAGCUGCCGCCGCGGGCAGUGAUGGUGAAUCUGGUGUGGAUCUAACCGAUAAACUGGAUACGGCCGAGCUCGAUGAGGCUGAGGAACUCGAGUUGGCCGCCGAGGAGCAAUUGAAACAGGCACCAAAUAGCAGUCCCUAUGCUGUAUUCCGCAAGGCCGGCAUCUGUGGCUUUGCCAAACACUUUGGCCUAACGCCCGAGCAAUUUGCCGAGAAUCUACGGGACAAUUACCAGAGGAACGAAGUCAACCAGGAGAGCCUAAGCCCCACAGAGAUGGCCAAGCAGUAUUUGUCGCCACGCUUCAUGACCGUCGACGAGGUGCUGCAUGCCGCCAAAUAUGUGGUGGCCAGGCAGCUGGCCCAGGAGCCCCUGUUGCGCAAGACAAUGCGUGAGGUGUACUUUGAUCGGGCACGCAUCAAUAUACGGCCCACCAAGAACGGCAUGGUCCUGAUCGACGAGAACUCGCCGGUCUAUUCGAUGAAAUAUGUGGCCAAGAAACCGGUGGGUGAUCUAUUUGGGGAUCAGUUCAUCAAGCUGCUGAUGGCCGAGGAGGAGAAGCUGUUGGAGAUUACGUUCCUCGAUGAAUUCGAGGGUAAUGCGAACGCAAAUGGUCCGCCCGGUGAUUACAUUACAGAGGCCACACAGUUCUACCAUCUGGAUCAGUUUUCCAAGAAUGUGCUGGAGUGGAAUGCCCUGCGUGCCGAGUGCGUUCAGUUGGCACUGAAGAAAUGGGUCAUACCGGAUCUAAUCAAGGAGCUGCGCGCAACAUUGCACGAGGAGGCGCAACAGUUUGUGCUGCGCUCGUGCAUAGCCAAGCUGUACAAGUGGCUAAAGGUGGCACCAUAUAAGCCAGAGAUGCCGCAACAUCACAAUUUCGAGGAGUGGAGCACACUGAGGGGCAUACGAUCCAUGGGUCUCGCCUAUGAUCCGGAUCAAUCGGUGGCCGCCUUCUGUGCCAUAGCCAGUCCGGAGGGCGAUAUCACUGACUACUUGCGAUUGCCCAGCAUCCUCAAGCGUAAGAAUUCCUACAAUGCCGAGGACAAGGCUCUUAAGUUGGCCGAUUUGCGUAAACUCAGCGAAUUCAUCAAGAUGAAGAAGCCGCACGUUGUGGUCAUUGGCGCCGAGUCGCGCGAUGCACAAAUGAUACAGGCGGACAUACGCGAGAUACUCAAAGACUUGGAGGCCAACGAACAGUUUCCGCCCAUCGAGGUGGAGAUCAUUGACAAUGAACUGGCCAAGAUCUAUGCCAAUUCGAAGAAGGGCGAAAGUGACUUUAAGGAGUAUCCACCCUUGCUGAAGCAGGCUGCCUCGCUGGCGCGCAAAAUGCAGGAUCCAUUGGUUGAGUACUCCCAGCUGUGCGAUGCCGACGAUGAGAUACUCUGCCUGCGCUACCAUCCGCUGCAGGAGCGUGUGCCGCGUGAGCUACUGCUGGAGCAGCUCAGCCUGGAGUUCAUCAAUCGCACCAGCGAAGUGGGCUUGGACAUCAAUCUGAUGGUGCAGAACUCCCGUACCGUCAAUCUGCUUCAAUAUAUUUGUGGACUGGGUCCGCGGAAGGGCCAGGCGCUGCUGAAGCUGCUCAAGCAGAGCAACCAACGCCUCGAGAAUCGGACACAAUUGGUGACGGUGUGCCACCUGGGUCCCAAGGUCUUCAUCAAUUGCAGUGGCUUCAUCAAGAUCGAUACCAGUUCGCUGGGCGACAGCACGGAGGCGUAUGUCGAGGUGCUGGAUGGCUCGCGUGUGCACCCGGAGACAUAUGAGUGGGCGCGCAAGAUGGCCAUCGAUGCCAUGGAGUACGAUGAUGAGGAAACAAAUCCAGCCGGUGCACUCGAGGAGAUCCUCGAAUCGCCGGAGAGACUCAAGGAUCUGGACUUGGAUGCAUUCGCCGUGGAGCUGGAACGUCAGGGAUUUGGCAGCAAAAGCAUCACGCUCUACGACAUACGCAACGAGCUGAGCUGCCUGUACAAGGAUUAUCGUUCACCCUAUCAAAAGCCCAGCGCCGAGGAGCUCUUCGAUAUGCUGACCAAGGAGACGCCGGACUCAUUCUAUGUGGGCAAGUGUGUGACGGCCAUGGUGACUGGAUUUACGUAUCGGCGUCCACAGGGCGAUCAGCUGGACAAUGCCAAUCCGGUGCGCAUCGAUGACUCCGACAGCUGGCAAUGUCCGUUCUGUCACAAGGAUGACUUCCCGGAGCUGUCCGAUGUGUGGAAUCAUUUCGAUGAUAACAAUUGCCCGGGCCAGGCGUCCGGCGUGCGUGUACGGCUCGAGAAUGGCCUGCCCGGUUUCAUACACAUCAAGAAUCUGUCCGACAAACAGGUGCGCAAUCCGGAGGAACGUGUCCGCAUCUCACAGACCAUCCAUGUGCGCAUCAUUAAGAUUGACAUUGAUCGCUUCUCGGUCGACUGCAGCUCCAAGUCGGCCGACCUGAAGGACGUGAACAACGAAUGGCGACCCAGACGUGAUGCGUUCUAUGAUUACGUCACCGAGGAGCUGGACAAUCGCAAGGUGUCGGAUGCCAAGGCGAAGGCCAUGAAGCGCAAGACCUAUGCCAGACGCGUCAUAGCCCAUCCAAGUUUCUUCAACAAGUCGUAUGCGGAGGUCAUCGCCAUGCUCGCCGAAGCGGACCAGGGCGAGGUGGCGCUGCGGCCCAGCAGCAAGUCCAAGGAUCAUUUGACGGCCACGUGGAAGGUGGCCGACGACAUCUUCCAGCACAUCGAUGUGCGCGAGGAGGGCAAAGAGAAUGACUAUAGUCUGGGACGCAGUCUCUGGAUCGGCACCGAAGAGUUCGAGGAUCUCGACGAGAUCAUCGCACGUCACAUCAAUCCCAUGGCUCUGGCUGCCCGCGAGCUCAUCCAAUACAAGUACUAUAAGCCGAACAAGGCGCCAGCGAACGUGAAUGAGCGUGACUUCAUGGAGCAGCUGUUGCGCGAGGAGAAGGGGCGUGAUCCGAAGAAGAUCCAUUACUUUUUCACGGCAUCGAAGAGCAUGCCGGGCAAGUUUCUGUUGUCCUAUCUGCCCAAGACGAAGGUGCGCCACGAAUAUGUCACUGUCAUGCCGGAGGGCUAUCGGUUUCGUGGCCAAAUCUUUGACUCGGUCAACAGUCUGUUGCGAUGGUUCAAGGAGCACUGGCUGGAUCCGCCAACGGUCAUGUCCAGUUCGAUCAGUGCCACGCCCGCCAGCAAUACGCCCACAAAUGCGCACAACAUGAUGCGACCACCGCCCACAUCGGCGCUCAGUUCGCUUGGCAACAGUGGCAGCGGUGGCGGAGCCCAAGGAUUCAGUAGCUCGGGCAGUAUGACGGGCGGCACACCACGCAGCGGCAUCAGUAGCAGCGAUAUGCGCAGCUCCAGCGCCUACUCAAUAACGCAUUCCAUGGGCGCUCCCGGUGGUGGAGGCGCUGGCGGCAUUGGCGGCUAUGGCAGCGGUAGCGGCAGCAGCUCCAGCCUGGGCCUCAUCAAUACCGCUGGCCUGGGCCACUUUGGCAGCGGCACGCCCACCUUUGGCGCCCACAUCAAUACGCCGUACACGCCAAGCGGCCAAACACCAUUCAUGACGCCCUAUACGCCGCAUGCGACGCAAACACCACGCUACGGCCACAAUGUUCCAAGCCCCAGCUCCCAGUCGAGCAGCAGUCAGCGGCACGGUCACUAUGGCGGCACGCCCCGCUACUAUGACAACGCCUACAACAGCGGCAAUCUGUCGCAGCAUCACCAGCAGCAGUCACAGCAUUCGCAUUCGCAUGGCCAUGGCCAUGGACACUCACAGCAGCAACAUCCACACUUGUCGCAGCAGCACCAUCAUCAUAUGCAUCAGCAGCAACGUGCCAAGGAGAAUCUGGACUGGCAGCUGGCUAACGAUUCGUGGGCACGUCGCAAGCCCCAGCAUCAGCAACAGUCGCAGCAGCAGCAGCAGCAGCAGCUCGGCUUGGGCAUGAGCCUGGGUAUGGGCUAUGGCAGCGGCAGUGGUGUUGGCGGUGUCGGCAGCGGUGCCGGCUCCACGCCCACCAACGAAUACCAUACGAGCAGCAGCAGCACGAAUCGCAGUUCGUCUUCAGUUGCCGGCGUUGCAGCAGCCGCUGCUGUUUCUAGUAGUGCUGCUAGUGGUGGCGGCAUCUCUUCCAAGUCUUCGGUGCGCAGCACGCCGCGCACAAACACCUCGCCGCACUCCAUGAACUUGGGCGAUUCAACGCCUCUAUAUGACGAGAACUAGGACUAGAACUAGGGAGUGCGUGGGUGUGACUAUAUGAUCUGGAUUUAAUUAUACAUGUAUACAUAAGUAAUAAGUAUAUUACUCUGUAAACUCACAAGUUAAGCAAGCUGGAAACUCAACGCAAAGGAAAACCUUAAGCAUUAAAAAAAAAAAAGCAUCAAAUAAAAUAACUAAACAA